AUGUCUGGUAUUGAGACUGUGCUUAAUGUAUCAAACAUCAAGAGUAUGCCUCCCCCCCCAUCUGGCAUCAAUCCAAAAGCUGGUGGUGUUCGCCUCGCCGGCCUUACUGUUCACUCAUUACGGGAGCUCGGCUUCCCGAACCGGCUCGACAGUCUGCUAGGUGUCCCCAGAUUGUUUCCCGGUUCCAGUGAACCAACGGCUUCCCCAUGGGAGGAGAGUAACCCCAUGAUUCCAUCAGCGGCGCCAGCCGAGGGUCUGGACGCAGCCGAGCGAGAGAUGCUGAGGAAUGCACUGCUGAAGAGGGAGCAUGUUCCACAUCAACCUCACCACCGUCAAGUUGGACACCGUUCUGCCGCUCCGGGCAGCGAAGGAGUCGUUCUGUACCGUGCGAUGCGCAUGGCAGCCCGGUGCGCGGCUGGGAGCGGCCGGGUGUGGGGCGUUGAACUGGGACGCUAG